GAGUAUUCCCCUCGCAGCUGACUCAGCGUCUCCCCGUUCAUGCGACGUGAUACCUCUCUCGACAGGGACAACGGCCAGAAGCGUAGCAAGGUUUGCCCUUGCCCUCUACGGCGUGUCACUGGUUCAAACUUCAAACUUAGCAAACCGGAAGUUUGGGCUCACAGCCUGAAUCGUGCGUGCACCGCAGAAACCGCCAUUUCACACUGGCAACGGAUGUGCUCUUCCAUCCCUGGAUCGGCUUCUCAGGAAUCGAACUAGGUUCGGCAAUCUCAGUGAGAGUUAUCCACCCAAGGCGGCGAGAUGCCGAUCCAGGAAGUGAUCGUCGGCGUGGACUUCGGCACCACUAACUCGGUGGUGGCCGUCUACCAGCACGACGGCGUGGAGGUCCUCACCAACGACAUCGACAGUCGGAAGACGCCGAGCUGCGUCUACAUCAAUGACAAGGAUCGGGAGGUCGGCGAGGCGGCUCUCCGCAUGGCGCCCAGCUUUCCUGAAUACACCAUCCGGAAUGUGAAAUCGGUCCUUGGAGUAACAAUGAGCGCACUUGGUGAUCGAGUUCCCUUGGGUGCUGUCCGAAUCGAGGGAACCUCUCCAACUAAUGCGAUUGCUGUGAAAAUCGCCAACAUGAAAUGUUUCCAAUCAGAAGAAAUUGCAGCCAUGGUGCUGCUGGAGCUAAAGAAGUCUGCGGAGGCGCAACUUGCAUCGAAAUUGAAUGAAGCGGUGAAAGUGAACAGAGCCGUCGUCGCCGUGCCCUCGUACUUCGGUGCUUGUCAGCGACGAGCCGUGAUCGAUGCGGCGCACCUGGCCGGCCUGCAAGUGACUGGACUGGUCAACGAGACCACAGCUGCUGCCGUUGCGUACGCGCACGACCGGGAGGACCCGAAGACCGUGGUCUUGGUGGACAUCGGCGGAGGCGGCAGCAGCAUGUCCGUCGUAAAGGUGGAGUGCAACCAGGUGUGGGUGCAGGCGCACUCUGGGCCUCGACUCCCCGGUGGCGAGGAUUUUGACAACAAGAUGAUGGAGUUCCUCGGACAGUGUGUCGAGAAAGAUCUCGGGAAGGAGGUCAAUGACCCUCAUGACCGUGAAAUUCUGCGCUCCCAUUGGGUCAAGGCGAAGGAAAAGUUGUCGCGGAUCCCGCAAGUAUCCUUCGUAGUCUUCUUGCCGGGAAUUGGGCUGGAGUUCGCCGCAGACGUGAACCGGUCCGACUUUCAGGCGCAGUGUGGAGAUCUUUUUCGAGAGAUCACGGAUGGUCUUCUCAGAACACUGGAAGGGGUACGUGUUGAUGAAGUGCACGAAGUGCUCCUUGUCGGUGGGUCCACCCGGAUCCCCCUCCUCCGCACCCUCAUCCAGAAAGAAUUGCCGGGCAAGCCGCUCAGUAAAGCCAUCAACCCGGACGAGGCGGUGGCCGAGGGUGCCGCCCUCUUGGCAGCAGGUUUUGUCGAAGUGAAGCGAGAGGUGCUCUCACUCAAGACCGAGGUGACCAUGGCGGAGAAAUGCAGUAUUUUUGCGCGGAACACUGAACUCCCGCAACGUCGGGAUUCCUCAAAAUUUUGGAAUCAGGCGAUUGAGGUUCAUCAAGAGAUCCAAAUCGGGCAGCGGGCACCUGUAGUUAACUUUAGAAGAAGAGGCAUGAAGUAUGUCGAAAUAGACGCAAGUGGGCUGCUGCAUGUCCGCGACGGCGGUGGGGAGGUGAAAUGCUUGUUGUCAGGGUGCCUUACUCCCGCCAGCAUUGAGAAACACCGGAAAAGAAUGGACACUUACAAGCAAAAUGAGCUUACUGAAUCAGAGAGAAUCGAGUCCAAAAACGCAUUGGAUGAACUGCUUCGUAUGGAGCGUGGAAAACAGGCUUUGCCAGACGAUUUAUUUCACAAGGAGGCCAUGGAACUCCGAGACGAAUGUGGACGACUUUUGGACUGGCUCGCUGAGAAUAGUGACGAGCAAGCCAAAGUUUAUGACGAAAGGCGCAUCCAAGUUGAAGGACGGGUUGCUCAUUUGCGUGAUAAGCGAAUGAAUGAACAGCAGAGAGUGGCCGCAAAGGAUAGACUACGUGAAGCAUUGGCGGCUACAAUAGCGGCUGAAAUCCCUGAGGACCCGUUCCGUGAGAAGGCAUUGGAAUUGAAAAACUACUGUGAAAUGCAGCUCGAUGAAUUUGGAGUGCAUGAAAGUUCUUCGAAAUCGAAAUUAGACCAGGAACUUGAUCAUGUUCUGGAAAGGGUUAGCGACUUGGAGCGUCAAAGAGAGCGGCACGCUGAAUUGCAGCGGCAGGAAGAAGCCAGAGCAUCUUUUGAAAAUGCUGUAAUCAAGACCACUGUAAGCUGGACGGACAAAACCUCAUUUGGGCACUAUUUUGAAAAGAUUAUGCGUCUUUGCCAUGAUGCAAAACGUUGGCUUGAAAGUCGUGGAACUGCGGUGGAUGUAGCCAUUUGCAAACAACAGCAUGAAUCCUUUGAUCGUGAAGUAUCUGCCCUUGAUGCAGAAGUCAAAAGGGAAAUAAGACAAGCCGAAGAGCGAAGGCAGCGUGCUAAGGCGUCGGCUGACUCCAUGCUCCAGGAGGCGCUUUCUGUUCAGAUUCCGAAAGAAGACGACAGGUUGUACUCAGUGACCAAGAUGUACGUUGAACAUUGGAAAGAGUCGUUUGAAUUGCUUCAGAAAAGCCCCUCAGAGUCCCAGAGUGUAUAUGAAAAGAUAACGAAGGACGUGGAUGCAGAGAUGACUGAGUUUCGGCGACUUCAAGCUAAGGAAGCGGAAAGAGUGCGACUGACGGCGUUGAUUGAAGCGACGCUAACAAAUGGGCUGCAGGAGUUCAAGGAUAACCAGGACGAUGACAGUCUCCUCAUUCAGCUCAAAACAUGGUAUCGGAAAUGGUUGGAUAAUAACCCUGAAGCUUCCAACCAGGAUUUAGAUCUCUGUCGGGCUAGGGUUGACGAGGUGAUGGAGAGCUUGCGUAAGGCCAGACAUCACCAGUUGAUCCAAGAGAAAGAAAGUUCAUCAGUCCAAGAAGCGCGCAAGCAAGCCAUUUCGUGUGCUGAGAAACUGUUGUUGGACUUUGGCUUCAAAGAACUUUCUGUUUCCAAGAGCUCUCGUGCUGCAUACGUCCCAGAGCACUUCACUCAGACUGCGGAUGAGGAACCCAUGGACGUUGACACUGGGGAUCAAGCCAGUAAUGAAAUUAAAAAUGGAGCCAUAUUUGACAACAAUACCAUGAUAGAAGUAUGGCAAAGCUUUCAGCAGCCAGCUGAUCGACAGCGUCCUGAACUACUUUCCCACCGAUCGCCUAACCAGUGUCAGGCAAUACUGGAGUCCCUAUCAGAGGAGGUAGCUUUGGAAGCGUUGGUGGUUGCCGGCUCGGCGGGACUCAUGGCGCUUCUUCUGGACCGGGAGGUGACGGCUGACCAAGAGCUUGUGUCGCUGUCGGUGCGAUACGUAUCCAUUACUGGUAGCCCAGAUGAACGCCUGCUGCUGGUGCAGGACAGAAGGGCCUUUAAUGGACAAGGAAAGGAGUUUGCCAUCUCGCUAUUCAGACGUUUCAAGGAGCUUUGUGAAAAGGCGGGUAUUGCAAGCCAAAUGCGUCUGGAAUUCCUGAGUGCACCUGACUGUGGAAGCUUUGUGCCGUUCUUCGUUGCACUCGCACAGCAAGACGGAUGGGGCAUUUCGAGAGCUGACAGCAUCUCGGAGCCCCUCGACAAACGUUUGGCCGUUGCAUUCUACGAAUCUGUCCACCCGGACGAUGCCAUUUGCGUUACCGUUCUCAGCACAAUCGACACAUUGAGGCAGAAAUUUGCCGUAGAUAGCAAAUGGUUCCCAAUGCUGAGGCGCCAUUGCAACUUUGUCGGGGUGGAUGAUCCCUGGGUGACCUACACUUCAUCUACAGAAUUUGUGCUCCGUCACCGGAAAGGAUUAGCUGACCUGCUAUGUUGCGUGGUAAAGUCCGAUCCGAAAGAAAAGAUCAUUAUGGACUCAAUCAAUCUGAAAUUGGGAGAAUUUCUUUUUACUUCUUGCUUAGUAGCCUUUGAUGGGGUAUUUGCUCAGCUUCAGAGUGAUCCAGACCAAGAGAAGGACUUGAACUCAGGCUGGAAAUCAAUUUUGAGCCGAAUGGAGGGGCAUGAAGCUGUUCUAAUGGGGAACCAGUUCCAGGAUUUCCUCAUCUCAAGAAUAAUAUUGACGACAGGAGUUUCCUGCAUGACCCGUGAAAACAAGGCUCGCACAUUAGUGGACAAUGUAAUAAGAUUAGCAAUCAAUAUCACAAAGCAAUCGUUGAUCGGCUUUGAGGACUGCCGAGUUGUUCAGCGUUGCCUGGAGUCUCAGGAAGACAAGUCGGGCGGUCGAUAUGACAAGCCCAACCACAAAUUUUAUCAAGAGCUGUUGUCAUUUAGGGCAGAGUAUUCUCGGGCCAGCUUUGAUUUGUCGUGCAUUCUUCGUCAAAAGCUUCGCCAUGAGUUCCGGAAAGACGUGCCCGCCCUGUAUGCAGCUGUACAGCGCGCUCUUACCGUGCCACUGUUGCCGCCCAUGAGUGAGCGCUCCGCGGUGCAGCUCCGUCAGGGUGCCCGUCGGACCAACGCGGCCCUGCGUGUCUUCAACAGUGCUGCUGUGCCCAUCGCGGCGCGGAAAUACCGUCCCUUGAAUGAAACUAUUGCUAGAGCGGUAGCAAGCGUGCUCUCCAAGUGUCCCGAACUGAAAGGCACCCACCCGGGCUGCAUUCCCACAGCGCUGUGACGUGGGUGGAGGUUCCAAAGCCAUUGCAGAGAGUUCAAGGUGUGCCGCUAGAUAUCUCUGAAUCAACAUUAUUUAAAGAGAAUUUGGGGAAAAAAUGUUUUCUUUGCAGGAAUUGAACGUAAGCAUUACAGGGGUGUUUGUGUUGAGCCAACAGGAAAUACAGUUCUUGAAAUCCACCUUACAUGAUUGUAAUUGGGCUUAGUUUGUAGUAUUAUUCAGUUCCUUUAGUCUCUAAGCACUUUUGUUUUUGAAUCAUUUGAUAUCAUAAUUCGUAUGGUUAUUUUAUUGUGUUAUUUUGGCAUUGUGUGCCCUGCUCAAUUCCUGCAUAGGUUAAUUGAUAUUGUUACAAUCACCAGUUUGAAAUAUUGUUUUGUGAAAGUUAUCUUAAUUGGCAGUUGCUGCCUCGUUGCAGUUGUAUUCUUAUUUUCUACUAUCAUGUAUCAAGAAAUUAAAGUUUAUCUGAGAACUUA